AUGGAAUUCAGCUGCCAAGAUGAUUCCAAAAGCUCCAGCGAUGAAGUUGAUCGAUCAUCGGAACAGAAUGAUGAGAUGGGCACUGGCAGAUCCUAUGAGUGUGUCUUCUGCAAGCGAGGCUUCACCACUGCACAGGCUUUAGGUGGACACAUGAACAUACACCGAAAAGAUAGGGCCAACAAGGCUAAAUCCAAUUUUCCUCCUUCCACUUCAACCAAGGUUGAUGAAAGUAACGGCUAUUCAGAUCUCGGGUUAUACUCACCAUCAAAUCCAAGCUAUCUUGCAAGAGGAACUUACUAUUCCACUCUUCCUGAUCGAGAGGUAGACACUAAUUACAACUACUACCAUCAAUUAUAUUUUCCCUCACACGCUUGUGGUGCCAAAUCACCUUCACAUGUACAAUAUAGUGAGGUUUUGUGUGUAGAGAACCAAAGGGAUCCUCAGUUUGUCUUUGGACAAGAUUGGAGGCAAAGGGGUUUGAGUUUGUACGCUAAUCCAUUAUGUGUUCAUGAAAAUAAAGACAAGAUGGAAAACAACAGUGAAGAUGACGAUCUGGAUUUGGAGCUUAGACUUGGUCAUCAUCAUCCAUAG